AUGGAACCGUGGUAUUCAGGUGCCGUUGUAGAUGCUGUACGUGAAGCUAAAUCACGUCGAGCUCUAUUCAUUGUUUAUGUUCAUGAUACUUCCGAACAAUCUCAAACAAUGGAUAUACUAUGGUCGGAUGUAUGGACAAAAUUAAAUAAUCUAUCAAAAAUAGUUGCACUUCGUCUUGUUAAAGAUACUGAAGCAUGUCAACAAUUUCAAGUUAUUUAUAAAAUUCAAACAUAUCCAACAAUUUAUUUCAUUAAUGGUCAAAAUGGACAAGUUUUAAAAAUGAUUGAUCAGCCAAUUGAAAACUCUAAUAAAUUAGAAGAAAUAAUUCAUGAUUCAAUGAAUAUAAUCGAACCAAAACAAGAAACGACAACAACAACAGCAACGGUCCAACCAACAAAAACUGUUGAAGAAAAAGUAGCAGAGGCUCGUGCACGUCUUAAAAUACUUCAAGAUAAACGUGAGGAAGAAGCAAAAGAAAAAGACAAACAAGAUGAAUUAGAACGUCGUCGUCUUGGACAACAAAUCUUAUUAGAUAAACAAAAAAAAGAUGAAGAAUUAAUACGUAAACAAGCUGAAGAUAUACGUCGUGAUAAACUAGAACAACAAAAAUUACAAGAAAAACUUAAAGCACAAAUACAAGAAGAUCGAGAAGAAAAACGUCGAAAAUAUGAAGAACAACAAGCUCCAAUUAUUCAACAAGCUAAACCAAAAGUAACAACAACAGAAGUCGAAACACCAAAAAUUAAUUAUUCACGUUCACGUUUACAAUUCCGUUUAACUGAUGGAUCAUUUUUUACUGAAGAUUUUUCACCAGAUGCUCAUAUAAACGAUGUUUAUGCAUAUUUACAAGAAACAUUACCAACUGAUCAAUAUAGAAAUGGUUCAUAUAUACUUCGAACAACACAUACACGUGUUACAUUAACAAGAGAUAAUCCAAAUACAUUAAAAGAACUUGAACUUGUUCCAACAGCUGUUUUACUUGUUCUUAAUCGUGGUAAUGUUCUAUUACCAUCAACUAAUUUAAAUACAAGUAAUUUUUUUCAAACAAUUCAAUUUAUUUUUACAUGGUUUAUGAUGCAAUUUAAUUUUAUUUAUCAAUUUAUUUUUGCAAAAUUAUUUGGAAAUCGUACUCCAACAUCAUCAACACAACAGAUAAGAUCAAAUACGACAAUAAAUAAUACUAAUGAACAAAAGCAAAAAACAACAACAAAAACAAAAACAAAGGAAAAUUUUAAAAUAGAUUCAACAGAAAAAACAACUAUUCGUCGUUUUCAUAAUACACAAGAUGAUAGUGAUGAUGAAGAAAAACGUACAUGGAAUGGAAAUUCAACACAACAAAUGUAA